AUGUGCUAUGUCAGUGGCUCGGCUUUUGAUUUGUUACUUCUCAAGGGCGGCUUCGACGUAAACCAGACUAUUGAUAACAUCAAAAGUGACACCAUGAAUGUGACAUCAAUAGCCUACAAUGGGUUCAAGAAUUACACAGAACCUUUUCGAGACCUGCUGGACCACGACUUGCUACCUAAGUUUUCGCCUUUCCCAACACUCGACCUGGACUUGAACCUGCAAAAUGUUUCCAGUCUCGAAGGCACCAAGGCGGCCUUUAGAUUUGACAAUCUUGAGCUUUAUCUUGAUCUUGACAUCGUGCUGCCAGCAGGUGCUACUUACACACUGACCAUGUUUGAAUCUGAGGAGACUUUUUUUCAAGUGUCUGACCCUUUCGCAAGCCGACUUUUUGACAUCGGCACUCUUUACAGCAUCGAACUAAUUCUCAUUGCGGACGCUGAAGUGGAACUUAAAAGCGGAAUCCAUACGAAGUUCGAUGAAGGGCUCAUAUUUGUCUUGGAUGCUUUUGAUGGUGAAGUUUCAAAUGUCACCAUCCCUGGAGGUCAAUACGAAUUGCUUCCCAUUACCAUCGAGGGAAAGGGUUCUAUUCAAGCAUUGCUAAAUGUGAAGGCAACCCUUGCUGUAGGGACUUCCAAUCUUGAUAUCGACGGCCUGGGGUUUCUUGCCGGGGUAGAAGCUGAUGUAGUUGCCAACGUGGCCGACUUCCUGCUCAAUGUCAAUGAAAGUUCAAGAAUCGAAGACGGAGACUGCGAGGUGCCUACCGUCGCUGAGUAUACCAUUGCGCUGGGAGCAGCAGUAGGAGCGGCGGUUGCGUUGCAGACUUAUGUUUGGGGGCCAACUCCUGACACCACUACCCCAGUCUUUUACACAACUUUACCUAGCAUCUGUGCAGCAACGAAACCGACAUCCGCACUCUCAUCCACAAUCACUCCUAACGCAGCUCUUGAUGCGCGAGCGGAUUGGACUACCAUCAAUUGCCCUGAUAGCCUUCAAACCACGACUUCCUACGAACACUCUACAGCAAAAUUAGUGGUUGCCCCGUCCGGGUCAUCCGCGACAUGGCCAGAGAGUACGUAUACCUCGGUCACCAGCGCUAUACCUUUUGGCAAGGAUGUGCGCAAGUUGGGCGCAACUUCGGGAGUGCCUACCUCUUAUGAUCCAUCAGCCCCAACGAAAACAAGCACUGGGGUGGCUGACAGCGGGACAAAGGGGACAAAUGAUAAGCUCAUCAUUAGGCUGAGUGUUGGGCUUGGUGUUCCUGUCCUUGCAGCUCUAGUUGGAGGAAUCGGGUAG